GCGCACUUUUAUCAUCAGAAGCGCGUUCACAACAUUAUUCAAUAUAGCAGCAUAUCCGCGAGGAAAUCACUUUAACUACUUCUGAAGUUUAACACUAACAAGUUUUCUUCCGUUAUCACUGGUUUUCUUAUCUUGACAAUGCCGUUUCUUGGACAAGACUGGCGGUCUCCUGGUCAAAGCUGGGUAAAAACAGAGGAUGGCUGGAAAAAAACGACGAAAGAUGAGAACGAGAUGAAUAACAAUGUUUCAGAACGGAAGAGCUACUGUAAGGAAGAACAUGACAAGGAGAAUUUGAUCCUCAGCAUUAAUUAUGACGUGGCUGCGAAGAAGCGAAAAAAGGACUUGCUGAACAACAAUACAAAGAUUCCUUAUUUUCACAAAGACAAAUGGAUUUAUGUCCACAAAGGAAGCACCAAAGAGCGUCAUGGAUAUUGUACUCUGGGAGAAGCAUUUAAUCGCUUGGAUUUCUGCAGUGCCAUCAAAGACACCAGGCGAUUCAAUUAUGUCGUAAGGCUGCUGGAGCUGAUUGCCAAGUCCCAACUGCCUUCGUUGAGUGGUGUGGCACAGAAAAACUACAUGAACAUUCUGGAAAGGGUUGUGCAGAAAGUUCUUGAUGAUCAGCAAAACGUUCGUCCGAUUAAAGAACUCCUGCAGACACUGUAUGCGUCGUUGUGCAGUCUGGUUCAGGACAUGGGCAAGUCUGUCCUAGUGGGCAAUAUCAACAUCUGGGUGCACCGUAUGGAGAACAUACUACUGUGGCAACAGCAGCUUGAUAACAUUCAAAUCAACCGGCCUACAAACACAGGGAUGACAUACCUUGAUCUGCCGGCUAGCUUGCAGCUUAACAUCAUGCACCAUCUUUCAGACGGACGAGAUGUGGUUAGCCUGGGUCAAGUAUGCCCUGACCUAAGUGUGCUGGCUGAAGAUCGGCUGUUGUGGAAGAAACUUUGCCAGUAUCACUUUGCAGACCGACAGAUCCGCAAGCACCUAAUGGUGUCAGAUAAAGGACUUUUGGAAUGGAAAAAGAUGUACUUUAAGUUGUGCCGGUGCUACCCUCACAAGGAACAGUACAGUGACACGUUACAGUUCUGUACACAUUGCCAUAUCCUGUUCUGGAAGGAUACAGACCAUCCUUGCACUGCCAAUAAUCCAGAGAGCUGCUGCAAGCCUGUGUCUCCACAGGGUUUCAUCAACCUUUUCAAAUUCUAGGGGGCGCUGCAUUGCUGCCAUGUACAUAGUGUCAAUAGUGCAAAGGAUUCCUGGAUGACUUGAGGCAGGGAAAAGAUGGGGUUGCAUUAGAAGCAAGUGUCAUAAUGUUUAUAAGUUUGGUAACCGAAUGUACUCAAGAAAUGUGCAAGAUGAGAAACUAAAAAGCUUUGUUGGAGGGAAAAUGUGCUUUAUCUAUAUUGAUUUAGCAUGUGUCUUGUUUACUCUUAGAAAAGUUACAUUGAGGAUUAGAAAAAGGAUAUUUCAAAUAAUCCUACAUGCAUAAAAAGUUGCCCUUGUGCUGUCAGGAUGCCUUGGUUUCUUCUGUGAAUGUAAUAUAGAUUUUAUUUUUGGCAACACAAACAUUUGUUUGAAUUUCAGAUAGCUUAUUGGUGCUUUAGCAAGUGCAUGAAAUGGGAAUGUUUACCAAAAAUGGCCUAUACACUGGUGUGCAAUAUUGUUUUCUAAGUACUUUUUUUCACUUUUAUACAUUUGAUAUUUUCAGUGGUUUGCGAUUUAAAGAUGCUUUUUUUUUUUGUUAACCAUGAAUACAUGAGUAUGUUAUAAGCUGCAUCCAAGGUGCCUUAUUCUGACUGGUGAAAAGUUAAUUUAAAAUGUUUGUCAUUUAUUUCCAGAUGUGUUUUUUUUUUCCUGAAUAAAACUUCUGAAUGAUAUUUAUUCAGAUUUAUAUGGGAAUCUCUAUAAAUAAAAUAUUUGUACAGAUGAA